CAGCUACGCGUGAGAUGUCACUUGCCACAAUUUGCAUCGCGUCGGCUGUAACGGACUUUCCCACUUUGGCACUACGGAUUAUUGGCAAAACACCAACAACAACAACGAGAAACGCUGCAAUAAUGUAAGAGACGACGGCUAACAAAGGUCAAUCUAAGCCAACCACACGCAGCCUAGAACUAGUUAGGUUUCCACAAAUACACACAUACAUUAUACACAUACACACAGCUAUAGAAAAGACAGGCACACACAUAUAGAAGGUUGCAAGAAGCAUGGGCUGGCUGCUGGCGCUCCUGGCGUUGCUUGUGGCAAUCAGCGAGCUGCUAGCAGUUCCAACGCCGCUCAAGCUACCAGGCUACACACACAAACUGACACCGUACAUAAAACACUGGGAGGCGGCGAAUUUCGAUCGCGCCGUGUUGCAGGCGGCGCAACUGCGUCACGUGGAGCAGGCACGGGCGCGACGAAAAAGACAGGUGGAGGAGCCCUCAAGUGGCAUGGGACUGGCGCACACAAUUCGUCUGAAUUUCUCUGCACAUGACAGAGACUUUCUUUUGGUGCUGCGUCAGCAACCAAAUUCGGUGUUUGCGUCUGAUGUCGAAAUCGAGAACACAUUGGGACCCAUCGAUUACGAUGUCUCACGCAUUUACACGGGCAGCCUGGAGGAUGAUGAGGCGGCGCAUGUCCAGGCAAUACUCACCAGUGAUAAUCUGCUCGAUGGCACCAUUGAGACGCAAGCAGAGCACUAUUAUAUUGAGCCAGCGCAGCGUUACUCACAGCAAUUGGCGGAGAGCGGAGUGCACAGCAUCGUCUACAAGCUAAGUGAUGUGAAUAUGCAGCAACUGCAGCAACAACAGCCGAAUUCAUUUGGCAGCGGUUUGUCAUCCGAGGCGCCCAUCAAGACGCACUGCGCCAGCGAGCGACUUCGGCGCAAGCGUUGGCUGCCCGAGGAGGAGCACGUCACAGUUCCCACUUACAAUCGCAAUCCGCCGCUGCCUUUAGAUCUGGAGGUGCCCUACAAUGAUGACUUUCGUGUGCUCGCCUCUGAGGAGGAUCGCAGCGAGGAGGAAUCUCGUAAAUCGACAACAACAAUGCGCAGCACAGAAAGCUUUCUGGCCACUCUGACUAAACCGACGCCGAAUCGCAAUAUACUUGUAAAUAACUAUAAUCCCUCCAAUGUCGGCGACGGCAGUCGCAGCUACAACACCAACAACAAUAACAACAACAACAAUGUGCGAAAAUUGUACACGAAACAUAAAAACAUUAUUGUGAGCACGUAUAAUCGACCCAUUGAGCCGGAGUUUGGGACACCGUACGAGGAGCCCAAUGUCAACAAUAGCAAUAGCCUGCCAAAUAACUUUUUCAAUGCCAAUUGGACAACGCUCUCGAUGGGAAUGGGCAACAAUGAUCGGCCUAGUCAUAAGACACAUGUGGAGAUCAUCACCAAGAAUGGUGCGACAAAGAAACCCAAUAUUAUAGUUAACAACUACAAUCCGGAGAUUGUAUUUGCACCCAAUCCUCACAAUCCCAGUUUCAAUAGCAUGCUAAUGACAAAUCUGCUGAGUGGUCGAGGCGAUGAUAUACACAAUUCUCCCCGUCUGUUGUACGAUCGCAAGACUACGUGCAUGUUGUAUUUGCAGGCAGAUCACACGUUCUUCCAGAAAAUGGGCAGCGAUGAGGCCUCCAUUGAAGCCAUCACUCGCCAUGUUCAACGUGCCAAUUCCAUUUAUCGUAAUACGGAUUUCAACAACGAUGGCAAACCCGACAAUAUCACAUUCAUGAUCAAGCGCAUCAAAGUGCACAACAUGAAUGCCAUGAAGGAUCCCAGCUAUAGAUUUCCUGGCAACUAUGGCGUGGAGAAGUUUUUGGAAUUAUUCUCAGAGGAGGAUUACGAUGCCUUCUGCUUGGCCUAUAUGUUCACCUAUCGUGACUUUGAGAUGGGCACUCUCGGCCUGGCCUGGACUGGUGAUCUCAAGAAUGCGGGUGGUGUUUGCGAAAAGAAUGGACAUUACCGUGGUUCAUUAAAGUCCCUAAAUACGGGCAUUGUUACGCUCCUAAAUUAUGGCAAACAUGUGCCGCCAGCGGUUUCGCAUGUGACACUUGCCCACGAGAUUGGCCACAACUUUGGCUCACCGCACGAUCCGGAGCAGUGUACGCCUGGUGGCGAGGAUGGCAACUUUAUCAUGUUCGCACGCGCCACUUCGGGCGAUAAGAAGAACAACAAUAAGUUUAGCGCCUGUUCGCUGAAAUCCAUUGAGCCCGUGCUGAAUGCCAAGGCACGUUCGAUGAAGGGCUGCUUCACGGAGCCACAGUCUUCCAUUUGUGGCAAUGGCGUUGUGGAGCCCGGCGAGCAAUGCGACUGUGGCUGGGAGGAGGAUUGCAAGGAUUCGUGUUGUUUUCCCAUGUCCAGGCAACCGCAUCUCGAUGAAACACCCUGCACCCUGACACCGCAUGCACGUUGCAGUCCGUCGCAGGGACCGUGUUGCACGACCGAUUGCAAGGUGAAGUUUGGCGACAAGUGUCGCGAUGACAACGGCUGUCGCGAUCCCUCGUUCUGCGAUGGACGUGUCCCCCAAUGUCCGCCGUCGGUCAACAAACCGAACAAGACCAUUUGCAACAAGGAGUUUGUGUGCUACAUGGGCGAUUGCACGGGCAGCAUUUGUCUGGCCUACGGCCUGGAGUCGUGCCAAUGCAUACCUGGUCCGCAGGAUGAUCGCAUCAAGUCGUGCGAGCUGUGCUGCAAGCUGCCCGGCGAGGAGAGUCCGUGCCGUAGCUCCUUCGAGUGGAACGAGGCGCCCUUCGAUGUGCCCGACAUGUACUCUAAGCCGGGCACACCCUGCAAUGACUACAAUGGCUAUUGCGAUGUCUUUCAAAAGUGUCGCGAGGUGGAUCCAUCGGGUCCACUGGCCACGUUGCGCAAGCUGCUAUUAUCUGAGGAGAGCAUUGCCACAUUCAAGAAGUGGAUGCAACAUCAUUGGUACACGGUGGCUCUGGCAGCCAUUGGCGUUUUCCUGCUGCUGAUAAUGAGCAUAAAGCUGCUGGCGAAACGCUCGAAUCUGAAACUUAAAUCGGUGACCAUCAUCCACAGUUCGACGACGGAAACGGUGCGUCUGCCGGAGAACAACAAUGGUGUCAUUGUGCACACUGCGGUGCGCACCAAAGUCCCAUUCAAGAAGAAGGUGCGCGGUGAGCGAAGCAAGAAGUCAACAACUGGCCUGGCCACCGGAACAGCAGCAGCCACUGCCGGAGUACGCUCGAGUGGAGCGACCAAGGCCAGCGGCAAUGUGGAGCCAAAGAAGACAUCUCGAACACAGGCGUUGGUCAAAAAGAAACUGAAAGCCACAGCCGCCGACGAAGAUCAGACCAAAAAGUCCAAGAAGCUGGGCAAGCACAUGAAAGAGAUCAUUGACUAUUCGCAGCGCAACAAUAAUGCGACUGGUGUCGAUGAUGCCUCCAAUCUGUCGACGACCAACAAUCACAGCAACACCUUUGGCAAGGUGCAAAAGUGGUUAUUGGAAUCGCCGAUUGUCGCACAGCCCUUGUCGCACAUGGAGCAUAGCUCUCGGGUGCGCAAGGUGAUGAGCAAAUCGCAAUCGACGCCAGAGCGACUAGUGCAAAAGACGCCGCAAAAGACCAAGUCCAUGGGCAAUCUGUCCAAUGAGAAGGUCAAGCUGCAAGUGGUAUACAAGCCGCCGUUCAAGUUCUCGCUGCGGCUCUCCAAAAAACCCAAGGUGAAGACGCACGUGGUGGGCGUUAGCGCUGGCGCGCGUCCCAAACGUGCCCAGAAGAGCAUAACACGCUUCAGUGGAGGUGGUGGAGGAGGAGGAGCUGGAGGCGGCGCUGGACAGGCUUCCACGUCAAAAGGAGCAUAUGCAGAGCGCGCCAAGCGUACGGCUCUGUUGCUCUGCAACGAGGCCGAGGACGAUAAUCAAAUCCUCACGCUCAACGAGCCAAACUACGAAACUCUGAAGCCGCCGGCGCCGGCGCGCAACUCCACGGAACAUUGCUACGAGAAUGUGGAACUGCCCAGUGAUGUGAACUCGAAGCAGCCAGGCAGCAGCUCAAAUCGCGCCAGCUUGGAGUCAGCAGUUGCAAGUGCAACAGCUGCAAGUGCCACACAACGCAGCUCGUAUCGUCGCUCCAAUUCGCUGUCCACACACAAUCCCUUUGCGGUUGCGCCUCGUCGCAGCAGCAGCAGCAAAGCUGCACAGCCAGCUGGUGGCUCCAUAAAUUUAACACGCAAUUUUGGCAGCACACAGAAUCUGAUUAAUCUUAGCCAGAACAUGGCCAAGUCUAAGAAACGCAGCAGCCUCAAUCUGAAAGCCAAAAAUGGCAAAGAACCGCCAACAACGGCGACGGCAGCAGCAGCAGCAGCAGCCACACCAGCAGUAGCCGCACCACAACGUCGCUCCACUUCCAAUGCGAAUCUACGCAGAAAUAGCAGCGCCUCGAAUGCCAUACCACCCCAGGGAGCACCUGUGCCGCCAACGCGCACUGCGCGCAACAGUUUCAGCAACAUUCCACGCGCCACACUCAAUGGCCAAACGACACCGGCGACAACAACGCAGGCGACGCCGCCAAGCUUUUCGCGUCAAUCCUCGAGCAGCACAACGACAACGACAUCGGGUGGGAAUAUGCCACAGCUGCCACUUCCACUGCAACAGUCCGCCUCCACGAGCGCCGUCUCCAACAACAGUCAACAGCAACAGCGUCUCCCAGCUGCGCGACGCAGUCUCAAUAAUUUUAGGGCACGCUCGAAUCCACCAACAACAACAGCAAUAGCAACAGGAACUGCAGCUGGAGCAGCUGCAACAAUGGACAAUGAGCUGCCCUCGGAUCUGGAGGUGGUUGUGUCCGAUGUUGAGAAUUUGGUUAGCUAAGAUCAACGCGAUCAGUUUCGUAUUCAUUUCAAAAGCAACCAAGUGAAAGUGAUAAGUCCUAAAGUUAGUUAUACAAAUUGUCGCAUAGGUUUACAUAGAUUUGUAUAUAUAUAUACAUAUAUAUAUAUAUAUAUGUACUUUACACUGCCUUAAACUUGCCGUUUCUGCUGAAUAUGUGAAUGCCACGCCCCCUCGCCCCCCCUACCCACGCAAAACACAUAUAAAACUGACCAUCAAAUACUAUUGACAGUGGUUACUCCGCAAUUGGAACUAUCAAAAACUAAAGUUGAACAGAAAUUCGUCAUUUGCCUUUUUUGAUAUCUAAUUUAGAAUAUGGCUUAUUCGAUUGCAUAUAAUUUCAGUUUGUACAGUAAUAAUUAAAUCUCAGAAAAUGUAUAUUGCACUCAACAACUUUCAAUUAUUUGUAUAGCUCAAAAUCGAGUUCAGAAAUUCGUCAAUAUCAAUAUCAUUUGGGUGUAAUUUCAUUUUGAACAGUCAUAAUUUAAUCAGAAAAAUAGUAGAUUGGCAAUCAGUGACUUUUAAUGAAUUGUACAGGUUAGUUAGCUUUUUAAAAGCACAGUUCCAGUUUAGAUGUGACCACUGUCCUUGGACACUGAUACCGCUCGUGCUUAUGGCUCGCCACCACCCACACAUAACACAACACAACACGAUACAAUGCAACACUCAUAAAAAUACGCUCACCCACCCAAUGCCGCCCCACCCACCACUGACACAACCACCAGCAACACCGUCACCGCCGAAGCCAGCCGCACUCACCGCACAUUGUACCUUUUUACAUACUAUUUAACUGUUGUAUUGUAUUCGUGAUCUGAUCUAUAACUAUAACUUGUAAACUGUACUUUUGUCUAUUAUUACCUAUGAAUUGUGUUCAGUUGUCGAACUACGAUCGAUUUGUAUAUGUAAACGAAGCAAACAGCAGCAAUAUCCUAACUGAUCUGUAACUUGUAAUGGCUUUUUCAAUUGACUCCUCUGGUGAACUAUUUUUUAUAACGAAAAGCAAGAAUUACAAUAGAUACCGAUCGAUCAAUAGCUAAUCUAUAAUAUUCAUCUCGAUUCGAUUGCUGCACACAUUCAAACUGUUAUCAUGUUUAUUAUUCGCCACAAAUUGGCGCCUGUUUUCUAUAUAUAUAUAUAUAUACAUUUAUUUGUACACAGUAUUAUGUUUCUCCUGAAUCGAAUAUCUUUUAUCAUAAUCCUUAAAGUAUCGAACAACGACCAUUGUCAUCUAUAAACUUCGACACACAGAACAACAAUACAAGGUGCUAUUUUAGUAACGAAUGAAUGUAAAAAGUUAACCAAAACAAAUUUUAAAAAACUCUUAUGAAUAUACUAAUCCCAGACGAAAGAUCAAAAUGAUAUUAAGAUUUGUAGUUGAGAUAGUUAGAGAGAGAUAGAGAGAGAGAGAGUGUGUAGCCAGGGGCAGUUGCAAAUAG